AUGAACAUGAACAACACGGAUAUCGAUGCCCGAGUGAUGAAGCGUGAGGCUAAGGAGAAAUGCAAGCUCAUAGUCAACUCUCUUCCGAAAGGACUCAAGAACAAGGUCCAGAAUGAACAGGACUACCGUGUCCCGGAAGCUAAGAGCGACAUCCGGAAACUAUACGAGCUCGUCCGUGUCAAGGCUAAGAAACCGGCAAUUGAAGAACGGGCCUUGAAGAAAGCCAAUCCCGCACGCAAGAAAAACGAACGGAAGGAGCAGAAGAGCUCUGGAAAUCACCAGAACAAACGACGUGCUGAACAAAAUGACAAUCGAAUGGUCAAGAAGGUGAAACAGAAGAAGGAUUUGGAUUGGAGCCAGCAGAAAGGUGGCCGUUCGGAGCGCUCAGCCACAAAAGGGGCGCCUAAAGAAGGUUUUUUCAUUGUGGUGGAGCCCAUUACCUCUUUAAAUGUCCAACAGCAACCCCAGUCAAAAAAUGAAAAGCUGCUUAUUUACCACAAAAAAAGACAGGGAAGACUCAAGCAACAAAGGGAGGCACCGAUAAGUAGAAACGAAUUGGUGAAUGCUUUCCCAAGCAAGAUCGAGUUGUUGUAUUGGAAGAUGAAGUGGAAGUCCCGGUUUGCAUUGACAGUGGAGCAGAUCGGUGUUGUCUGGAUGAGAGCUGUUUUGAUCGAUUGGUACAUGUGA